GCAGGCUGGAAGAAGCAGAGGCCCGCAGCUUAUUGCAGGGAGUGUUCUACUUCCACGCAAGAAGCGAGGAGGCGCGGAAAUGCUUCACCCGCCCGCAAUGCCAAGUGCUCACAUUGUGCGCAGCGGCAGGGAGAGGGAGGCGGAGAAGGAACGGAGUCCAGCGAGGCUGCUGCCAAGCUUGCCGCUGUCGUGUUCGUUCAGUGGUGAGACGAAAGAAGCUUAAGUCGUGAACGACUACAAUAGGAUAUCCAGUUUCAUCGUGGGAUAAAAUGGCAUCGCAAAAACGACCGCAGUACCAGUGGCGAGGAAGGCAACUGUCGUUGAAGGGAUUCUUACUAACUCUUUGUGUAUUCUGUUGUAAGCAGGCAACGUCCCAACCAUCUGCCGGUGUUAUUGAAUUUAGGCUGAGGGAAUUUAUGAAUGUGACUAUAUUACCAGCCCACGUGUUGGAGGCUAAGUUGAACCAUAUCCCAGAAGAUGAUGCUUUUCUUAUCUUCCAGCUUCACACUCAGUUUCUCAAUGCUAACAUCUCCUUCAGUUUGGAUUAUGAAGUAAACUCAACUCAGAAAGGCAGUGAUGUAGGACUUUUUUUUCCUCUGCAACCACUGCAGAACUCAACAGUUUGGUACUUAACUUCAGCAGAAAACAAGCCAAUAAACUGUACUGCAGUGAUUCUGCCCUACAGAAGCAGAGAUCCUAUUCCAGGAGGCUGUAAUAAUGGGAGUAAAAUAAGUGAUCCCAAUAUUUAUGUAAGCUAUAAUUUGUUUGAGACGACCAUUUCUUUUGAACCUGCCAGUACUGGAUAUGCAAGGGGACAGACCACUUCACCUUGCAGUACCCUUGGCAGGCAGUUCCAGUAUGAAGUUUACCAGUAUCUCCUUCCUGAAAAUAAUUUAUCUGAAGAAGUUUUGAUUUACCAUCUUCAGAGAGUGGUGGUUGAUCAAGGGACGGCAAAUGGAAAACCAAUUAAAUCUCUAAAUGCCAACGAAGAAACCAGAGUGUCUUUCAACUCUGUUCCUGGCCAAGGAGUCAUCUUCUUAGUGAUUGUGAAAGAUAAUCUUUUGAACACAUCAUCUUUGUACCUUCCUGCUCAUACCUAUGCCUGUGAUUUUGCUUUAAUUGUGGACAACUGUUACACAUUGGGAAAGAUUUCUACAAAGGUUUUUUUCAUCUUUACUGGUAUUGCUGGAUUGUUUAUUUGCUUCUUUGGUCACAGAUACUUCAAAUGUGAGCUGUUUUUUAUGGGAUUUUUGCUGUCUGGCAUCAUCUUUUUUGCCGUUAUCACCAAGACUUCAUCUCUGAACUAUGAUGCUCGCUUAGGAUUAACUGCAAUGAUGGGAAUCAUAUCGGGAGCCCUUGUGGCACUUUGUUGGUGGAGAUUUGGUUCUGUCAUCAUGUGCAUGGCAAUGGUCAGCAUUAUACUGGGAUUAAUUCUAGCAUCUAUCAUAUUCUUCACUCGGUUAGGGGACCUCAACAUUUUCCAGAGUGAUAUCAUUUUCUGGGCGCUCUUUUGUGGUAUAACCCUUAUUGUCCCAUUGUUAUUCAUUUGGUGGCCAAGAGAGGGAAACAUCAUAGCCUGUGGAGUUGUUGGGGCAUAUGGUGUAGUUUUGGCUGUCAACACCUUUACUUAUACCACUUUUGCGUACAUCACCUUCAACACUCUAAAGCGAGCCUUAAAUGAUGAUUUCAGCAGAAGUUUCACUAACGUACACUUUCAGAAUAUUGAUUUUGUGAUGUUGACUGUGUGGGUCUGCCUUGCUGGAAGUGGAAUUACAAUUCAGUACUGCAGGGAAAGGAGUUACCCUCUGUUCCCACCAAACCCUUAUAUGAUAUGGAAGCAGGAGCAAGAGCGAAGGAAGACCAAUAUUCUGGACCCCAGCUAUCACAUUCCCCCACUGCAAGUACGCUUGAAAAACAAAUUGGAGGACCUUUUUAAAAGAGAAGAACCAACAGGAGAGAGAACUCCACUGCUUUUGUAGCUCCUUCUAGAGCUUAAAAUGGCUUGGUGUUAUUGUCCUGUCCUAAGGAUGGCAUUAAUAUGGCACCUUUCAUGGUGAACCUUCUUCCAACUGACUUACUUUUACAUUCUGUAUGCAAGUGGGUUCAGCAAUUUGUGCCUUUAUGGAGUUUCAAAGUGAAUGUCCCCUGUCCAUCAACUGUAACAACGGAGAUGUUAAGUGGGACAUCAGUUCAGGCACUUGUUGGCAUGCUACUGAAGCAAGAGGGGACAAACCCAGAUAGCCCGAAGAGUCACGCAGGCUGGGAUAUGCUUAGAUGGUUGUUGGCACAUCUGUCAGUGUGUUAAACAGUUGAGAGCCUCUGACCACUUUGGAUUGCUGGGACUGAAAGAUCAAGAUUGAAUCGGUGUGGAAACUUCUUCAUACACCAAAUGCCUUGUUGUCAUAAUGACUUAGGGCUACUACAGUUUUAUAAAAUAUUUUAAUAGAAAUUCUAUUGAUUCCUGAGCACUUUCAUUUAAGAAAAGAAAAUGUGCUGGUAAGAUGUGGUAGUCUGUAAUUCUGAACUCUAAACAGAUUUCUUCAGAGUAACACCAGGAGUUCCUGGUGAGCCUGCACACAGUUUGAUUGUAAACAUUUUAUAAAUACAUUUAAUACUUUGUGUCUAAAAGGUUAACUCUAAUGCAUUUUCCACUUGCUACAUUUGGGAAUGAACAUGUUAAAAUUGAAGAAAUGUUUGUGGCAGAUGUAAUGAUUAUUAAUGUGCCACAUUUCAUGCAGAAGUCUAUCACAAAGACCAAAAGUUGUAUUCUACCUCUUCAGAAAUGUUCAUUCACCAUGAGCGACUAUUUAGGCACUUGCAUGCAUGCAAUGAAAGACAUUUCAGUACUCAGCCAGCUUUAUUUCGAACUUCUGGCUAACAUUACAUUUUAUAAACCAUUUUGCAGCAGCUAGUUAUAAUUUUUUUCCCCAUAUGAGAUACACCUGAUUUCUACUGUCACAUGGCUUUGCUUAUGAAUGGUAUGGAAACGGGGUAAGGAGUACAUCAGGCAAGUUGCUUUGUGUUUCUUUAAUGUGAACUUCUGUAUUUUAAUGCAUUUUUAUUUAUUAUGUCAAUGGAGAGUGGAGACGUGUUGCUUGUUAGUCUGAAUUUCACUGGACUCUCUGACAACACAGUACUGCUACAGAGCAGUCUAACAAAUUACAGCCCCAAUUCCAAAAAAGUUGGGCCGCUUUCUAAAAUGCAAAUAAAAACAAUGCAAUGAUCUGCAAAUCUCAUAAAUCCAUAUUUUAUUCACAAUUGAACAUAGAAAACCUCAAAUUUUGGAAGUGAGACAUUUUACUUUUUCAUGAAAAAUAUUGGCACAGUUUGAAUUUGAUGGCAGCAACACGUCUCAAAAAAGUUGGGGUGGAGGCAACAAAAGGCUGGAAAAGUAAGUGGUACUAAAAAGAAACAGCUGGAGGAACAUUGUGUAACUACCGUAUAUACUUGUGUAUAAGUUGGGUCUUGAAACCCGAAAAAUCAAUCGUAAAAUCAGACCCCGACUUAUAUGCCUGUUCAAAAAUGCGACAUUUAUUUUACAUCUUCUUGCUUCUUCCAAUCUCACAUCAGUUUUUCAGACGCAUAGAAUUUUGUUGCAGCAGCGCAGUUACCAAUUGCUUUUGCCACUUUUAAUUUAAAACCAGCUUCAUAUUUUCUUCUGAUCGAACACUCCAUCGUAGAUAAGGGAUGCACUUACGAUAAAGAUGUAUGAGGGUGUGUGAUACAAAAAACACAAAUAAGUACAAAUGUCACUUUGGAAUAGUUUGGGUAGUACCAUGUGGUCAUGUAAGGUACAAUACAUACUGUAGAGAAAAAAAAAAAAGGCCGUGUGCUCCUUGGUUACUCUCUCAGGCGGGUGUUAGCAUAGCAUACUCACUUGGACCAAUAGCGUGAGUUUUCUGCAUUUGACUUAUACGACCGACAUUAUAAACUACCACAAAUUAUUUAUUUUUUUUCUUUAUUUCGCCUUAUACAAUUUCUUGUGUUAGGAAUUUGGUAGUUUUCGCAUACCCCUUGGGGUCAGAGCGCAGGGUCAGCCAUUGUACAGCGCCCCUGGAGCAAUUACAGGUUAAGGGCCUUGCUCAAGGGCCCAGCAGAGUAGGAUCUCUUUUGGCAGUGACGGGGAUUUGAACCAGCAACCUUCGGGAUACCAGCACAGAUCCUUAGCCUCAGAGCCACCACUCCGCCCUAAUAUAUGUGAAAAUCAAGCCCCGACUCAACUGCUGGAGAACUUAUCUGUGAGUAUAUACGGUAAUUAAGUUAGUUGGCAACAGGUCAGUAACAUGAUUGGGUAUAAAAACAUCUGAUAUGUUUUCAAUGUUCUAUUGUGAGUAAAAUAGUGGUUUAUGAGAUUUGCGAUCCAUUGGAUUGUUUUUAUUUACAUUUUGCACAGCAUCCCAGCUUUUUUGGAAUUGGGGUUGUAAUACAGUGCUGCCUCCACUGGCCAUUUUCUGCUUUACAUAAUUGGAGACUGUUCAGAGGUGUGCCACAAUGAUAAUGUAAAAUGUGUCUUCUGAUAUGAAACUUUUUUUUGUCACCUAUCCAUCUGUUCCUUUCUGUUGUACUGAAUCCAAUAUAAGCUAGUGGGGAGAUGCAAAAUACAAUGUAUGGGUUGGCUGGAGCUGUUUGUGUAGCUUCUAUGAGGAGCUAAGCAAGGUGGAUUACACUGGACAACAAAUUUGUUUAAAUGUUUUGCUUCCUGAAAAAUUUUAGGUUAUUAUGAUAGACGUUCAGAUUGACUUUUAUAAUGUGGACAACUGGAGAAACAGGACUUUAUUUGAAUUUAGUGUGUUUAAUCACUUAAUGAUGCUGACAUGUUGCAUAAGUUCUGAUGAGCUAAAAAUGUUCUGCUUCUGAUUUUGGUUUGUACUCCGCAUCUAAUAUUCCUUGAUCGUUGGCCAGCAUUGACUGCACUUGCCCUGAUCCCACUUUUCAUUUGAUGCAAUGUACUGGUAAAGCUUUUCACCAUGUUCAUCAUCGAGUGCCCCAAGAUUAACAGGGAAGAUGUCCAAGUGUGAAUACAGAAAGUGAAUUUUAGCGACAUGGUGCACUUCAUGGGUUUUGUGUGAUUGAAGCAUGCUGUCAAACAGCUGGACGUAGUUUGGUUCUCUGUAGUGGCUAAGAAACGUCAGCCACAUCUCUGAAUGCCUUCCAUGUGGGUUCCUCCAGCCCCACUAUCAGAUCUUAAAACCACUUGUCACUCUUGACAUUUCAGAUUUGUGAACCAAAUGUAUUCCAUUGCAAAAUGAGAACAGCGGUUGCUCCUUAUCUUUAGAUAGUUCACAAGUUAAGAAAAUGAGUAGGACAUUUUGAAAUGUACCUAAGAGAUUGUAUGCAAAGGACCACACACUUAACAGAAAGAGAGCAGGCUGAGGUGGGGAAAGUUGGCACUGAUGAGGGAAACCAGCAUUUUUUCAAAUAUACUUGCAUUAGAAAAAAGGUUCAUGCAAGACACUUUUAGUGUGUUUUGGAAAGAAAUGUACAAUAUGAACUAAUGUUUAUAUUGGAACUACUAAAUAAUAAUACAACUAGCUGUGGCUUCACUAGAACCAAAACCACACGCUUGUCUAUGCAAUAUGACUUACCAUUUCUGGAAAUAUGCUGCUACCUGUACAGUACACUCGCCAGAAUAAGCACUUGCUUUCCAAAAAUAUGUUUACUAACAAUAAAAGAGUGAUGAAAUAUCA